CCUCCGGCCUCCGAUUUCAUCACCGGGGAAAUUUCAGAGGCAAUGAGCCUGGGGCCAGCUUCCGCUGUGCGUCCGCACCCACUGGGGAAAGGUAUAAAAACCCGAGGGAACGCCUGCCGGGAGGAAAGGAGGCGAGGUCUCUCUUCGGACGGUCGCAGCAGCUCCGCGCCACCCAGCCGCCCGCGCAUCCUUCACCUUCCGACGGCAACCCGCUACGCACAGGCUCCGGCAGAAUGGCAAGCAGCUGCAGCUCCCAAACCGUCGAAGGCGCCCUUCUGCUUUUGGGCUUCCACCUAUUUCAAGCCGUUCUUGGGACAACUGUGACACCGUUAUGCGGGAGGAAUGAAACAGGCAACUGCACGACAGUUCUGAUUCGAACAGUGCACAGUCCCCGUGUCGCUGAAGUGAAGACCACAGAUUGCGGCUCUGACUUGAAAAACUACUGCAUUAAUGGGCACUGCAAGUACCUCGUGGCUUUGAGUACACCUUCGUGCACCUGUGAAGAUGGUUAUUAUGGCGACCGGUGUGGCCAUUCCACUUUGACAAGCCAGCAGCCCCUGAGCAAUGAAUACCUGGCGCUCACUAUUCUCCUGGUUCUGUUUUUCGUCAUCACCGCUGCAGUUGUUAUCUACUACUUCUACAGAUGGUACCAGAACAAAAGCAGGAGACUUGCUGCAAGCAGUAACUAUAAAGAAGUUUCUACAGAGACCGAAAAAGACAAUAAGCUGCUUCAUGUCUGAAUCCGGGGAAUCCCAAAAGGCAUUUAUUUAAUAUUAUUAUUAAAUAUUUUAUUAAUAAUAUUUAUGUUCCAAAGCAAAAUUUCAAAAUGAUGCGGAUCAAAAUACACAUGCAGGUCAAAAACUCCGUUUUUUUUAUAUAUAUGAAUAAUGUUUUUAUUGGUAUUGUAUUUUUUUAUCUUAUUUCUGUGCAAUGUUUGAUAAUGUAACGCGAUGAUGUCUUGCGUUCCUUUGUGUGUAAAUACUUAUAUAUAAUAUAUAAAAGAAUGUAAUCUUCUCACUGCUUGUAUGUGGCCCACUUUGGAAAGGCAUAAUUUUUUUCAUGUCUAUCCUGUUCGCUUGAAGAAACUCUACACUCGUUUGAGGAUUAAAUCUUUCCAUUCAUUCUAA